AUGCCACUGAUAUCCGAAUCUAGCAAUGAAUCUAGAGCUUUGGAGAGAAAAUUCUCUUCUGCUAGCUGGUCCAAAACGGGACUUAUUGCAUAUUCUGAGAAUUCCAGACCAGACUGCAAUCUUUCCUUAACUUUUUUAGAAACCGUUAACGGGACCAAUUGGAAAUUCCAUGACCCAUAUCAUUACUUGAUUCAUACUCAUAUGUAUGAUGAUAUCUCGAAUAAUAUCUCUUCAAGUUCUAGUAAUUCAAAACAAACUCAGUUUUUUUAUGACAUUGAUUUUGUUAAAUGGAAUAACUGGUCUUUGCUCGGAGGUGAAUUACUGGCUAUAUCUGACUCAAUUGGUAACCUAACAAUUUUAGCAGCAAGCCUAAACGAAGAAGGAAAUACCACAUAUGAUUCGUUGUCCAUGCUGUUCCAAGAUACCGUAUUCAAAGUUCAUAAUAAGUUUUUACACCUCGUCCCAACCAAUGGUAGUAAUGAAAAUAAAACUAUUACUAAACUAGAAAGAAAGGAGACAAAGAAGGAGUAUAUGACAAGGAUACUAGAUUUUCAAUGGUGUGGGAAUUCCAAACCAAUUCUUACACCGUUAGGGGCCAUGAAAACUCCUCAUACAGACCCACCUUUUUAUAAAAAUCAUAUCCAAAACUGCACUCCAAUCGGUGUUUUUCAUCCCGCUUCUGUGAAACAUGCAUUUGUCGCUAUAAGAACAAAUGGUGUAAUAGACUUUUGGUACCAGCUGUCAAAUUCAAAGGACUUCAAAAAGAUAUCAUUACAAAUAAACCAAGGUUCAAGGCAGAAUGAAUUUGAAUGGUUAGAAAAGGCUUCAAUUGCACAUAUGGAUGAGGACCAGUGCUUCAUCAUUGGUGCUUUUUCAAACUCUACGCAAAAUAUUGAUUUUUAUAAGCUGAAAGUUGACUGGAACAAUAACGGCGGUACCGUAAAUGAUCCAAUAUUACACUUAAGCCACAUUUAUGAACUGAAACCCGAAACAACCUAUAAAUCAUCAAAUUUGAUAAAAAUAUCUAAUUUGAAAAUACUAUCUCGUACUCCAAUCCCUAAUUCGAAGCCUGAAAUUCUAAUAACAUAUCGGUUAAUAAACAAAGGUGAAAAUAUCUCAACAUUUCGUUCUAUUGUAAAACGUUACCAACUUAGCCAAAACUCUUUAGAUGAAUCUUUUUCUGAGAUCCUAAACAUCACUCCAGUAUCUCAAAGAACAGCACAGUAUUCUCUAAAGGUCAUAGAAACAAUGGAAUUAAAGCAGGUAUUGAAGAGUAUUAGUGCCGAAGACCUCUGCAUUUCAGCUGCUUUUGAGUAUGAGAGUGGCGAGAUUGAUAUUUAUAGCCGCAACAAUUGGAAACUUCAGAGCGAUACUAUCGACAAAAACUCUGAUAUCUAUGACAAACCAUUCAUACCUUCCAUGUUUUCGGUUGGCUUCAAAUAUCAAAAUAUACCGACACAAUCUAAUAUCGAAUGGAGUAUCAUAUCUCCAUCAAUGGGAGGAACGUUAAUAAAAUACUACGAAAAACCUCUUCCUAUAUUUAGAGCUGCAGUGAAUGACGUCGUUAGCGACCAAAGUCGUGACCAAGUUCAUGCCACAGGAUUGGCUUUGGUUUUCGUUAUUUUAAGCCACAGAAACUUUUCAGGUGAAGAUAUAACUAUAACCAUCAAAACUCAUGUCCUUAGACUACAGGAACUUGAUCCCGAUCGAGCAAUUAACUUCAUCUCUCUUCUCAUCUCAACUAUAUUUGGGCUAUAUGGACUAGUCCUAGAUGGUACCAAAGGGACGUUAGAUAAGGCUUUACAGUCAAAAGCUGUCCAGAAUAUUUUACUACUGCAAAUGGAGUUGGGCCCUCACAUCUCUGCAAGUAAGAACAUCUACUCAGUAGGAUAUAUUGCAAUGAAAUUGAGAAACAUGAAUAUUGCUUUCAAUGGUGUGGCAAGGAACGUUCAGGCAAUGAUACAACAUACGUCAAAUAUCAAUAUGUUGCCCAACGGAAAAGUUUUCCAAUUUGCCUUUUCUAAACAGGAUUUGAUUUAUUCAUUGUUACCAUCCGCGAAAUGGAUCGUAAUGUUCAUAUCAUAUGUCACGCAGCAAUUAAUAUUGGCUGUCAAUAACGCUUCCUACUUUGAUAAAAGCUUUUUGAUAACAUUAUUUGGAUCAAGAAUCAUACGACACCUCAUGUUUAAGGUUAUUGGGGAACUAAAAAAUAUUGCAAAUAUAAUGGUAAAAUUUCCCGAGACAGCAUUUCCAAUACUAAACGAAUCUUCUCAGUUUUUUAGAAAGGUUAUUAAUGAUUGUACUGUCAACUUGGAUUCUUUUGCGACAUUCAUUUCAGAAUUUGGAAGUAAGAUUAACGAAGUCGACCAAAGUACAGUGAUUGUGCAGCAGAGAUAUGAGGCAGAUUUUUUGAUUAAAGGUAUUGCUCCAGAGAGUCUUUCAGAUUUUGACAAAAUCUUACGUACGGCUGCUCUCAAAUUUCUAUUACCACAUGUUAAUUUAGCUGUUGUCUUUUUUACUGAAACCUCAUUUCUUAACUUACGCUGGGAGGAAAAAUUCGAUCGUGAAGUUCUGGAAUUACAAAAACCAAUAUCUGAAGGGUUACUUAUUUAUGACAACAAAUCUUCAUCAGGAUUGAAUGUGCCUGAUGUUGUAUAUGAUGACGUGACUAGUGAACAUGUCAAUAUUAAAGGACGCUCUGUAAUAAAGAAAUGUUGUAGAUGUGGAACCUAUACCAGGGCAGGCUAUCCUGUUGAUGGCGAUAAUACUAUUGUACCUACAUCAAUCGUUACAAAACGCUGGACUGCUUUAUACUACAGAAACUGUCAUUGUACUGGGCUCCUAUAUGAAGUUAAACUAAAAUAA